UACAAUGAGAUCAAGGAAGAAACUUCAUUCUCAUUCAUAUCGAAUUUUUCUGGGCAAAUGCGCUUAGCCACAAAUAACAAUCACAUGCAAAUAAUCCAAUGAGCUCUUCUCCCAGAAACCUCAGAAAUAGUACCACUUCAUCCCCGAGGUUCCACCACCACCAUCGCCAUGCAGAGCAUCAAGCUUCCAACCCCCUUCUCCCGUCGUCAACCUCAGCUCCGCCACCGCCACCCUUACCGACCCACCUCAACGAAUCUCAAGAAAAAAAUGUUCUUCUACACGCCGUGGAGAUCGAGCCCUUCUCCGAAUCCUCACCCGGCCUAUCAGUGCCACCGUUUUCCUGGAGGAAGCUUUGGAAAUUCACGGGGCCCGGGUUUCUAAUGAGCGUUGCGUUUCUUGAUCCGGGAAACUUGGAGGGUGAUAUCCAGUCUGGUGCAAUCGCGGGGUAUUCAUUGCUGUGGCUUCUCAUGUGGGCUACAAUCAUGGGUCUUUUGGUUCAAUCGUUGUCUUUGAGGCUGGGCGUCGCAACGGGCCGGCACCUGGCGGAGAUAUGUAGAGAGGAGUAUCCCCAUUGGGCCACAUUGAUGUUGUGGUUGAUGUCGGAGCUGGCGUUGAUUGCCGCAGAUAUUCAGGAGGUGAUUGGCAGUGCCAUUGCUAUCAAGAUUUUGAGCAAUGGGGUGUUGCCUCUUUGGGCUGGUGUCCUCAUCACUGCUUUCGAUUGCUUCAUCUUCUUAUUCCUUGAGAACUACGGGAUCAGAAAGCUUGAAGCGUUUUUUGCUGUUCUUAUUACGUGUAUGGCAUUCUCUUUCGCCUGGAUGUUUUUCGACACAAAACCUAGUGGGAAGGAGCUCAUGAAAGGGCUGGUGGUACCUAAGCUUAGCUCGGAGACAAUUCCAAAAGCCGUUGGAGUCGUCGGUUGUGUCAUAUCACCUUACAAUAUCUUCUUGCAUUCAGCUUUAGUCCAAUCCAGAAAAGUUGACUUGAAGAAGAAAGGCAGAGUACAAGAGGCCCUCAAUUAUUUCAUGAUCGAGGCAUUUAUCGCCAUUUUUGUUUCAUUUAUAAUCAAUUUGUUUGUCACAACUGUAUUUGCAAAAGGAUUCUAUGGGACCCCAGAAGCCAAAACUCUAGGGUUAGUAAAUGCAGGAGAAUAUCUGCAACAGAGAUACGGUGGGGGAUUGCUCCCCAUUCUCUAUAUCUGGGGCAUUGGUCUUCUCGCAGCCGGCCAGAGUAGCACCAUCUCGGGUACUUAUGCUGGGCAGUUUAUUAUGGGUGGUUUUCUUGAUCUUCAGAUUCAAAAGUGGUUGAGAUCAUUGAUCUCGAGAAGUUGUGCCAUUUUGCCAAUUAUCAUUGUGGCUAUCGUUUUCAAUAGAUCAGAAGAGUUGCUUGAUGUUGUUAAUGAGUGGCUUAAUGUGCUUCAGGCAGUGCAAAUUCCAUUUGCAGUUGUCCCUCUUCUCCAUUUAGUGUCGAGUGAGCAGAUUAUGGGGGCCUUUGUAAUUGGAACUACUUUGGAGAGGAUAUCCUGGGGUGUGGCUACAGUGGUGAUACUGAUAAACGGAUACGUUUUGGUCGACUUCUUCAGAUCAGAAGUUCAUGGAUGGCUGUUUGGAAUUGUUGUCUGCCUUAUAGCUGCAUCAUAUGUAGCAUUUCUCUUCUAUCUAAUUUUCCGUGGCAACAGCCUAAUUAUCUCCUGGUUUGGCAGAUCACGGUUUGAUGGAUUUGCUUAUAUUAGAACUUGAAGCAUCAAACUUCAGUAUGUGACUGAUAAAACGUUCUUCGAUACAUGAAAGCGUUAUAGUAACAGACCAUACAGAACUCCGGUCGACAGAAACAUUUGUCGAGUUCGACGCCCUGGAGGCCCCGUGAAGACUGAUACAGUAUCAGAUCAUUACAGUCUAAAGUUUCUCUUGAUCAGAAGCAGUUUAUGUUAAUCUUUUGCUUGGAUGAUUACUUUCUGUAAGCUAUAGUUUUUUAUCUGAAGGGCUGUAUACAUAAAUUUAGUGGUACAACAUAAUGAUGCAAGUCUUUGUGUGUUUUUCUUCCUCUAAUUUGUCGAUGGCACACGUGAAAAGGACCAUAAUUGUAUUGAACACAUUUUACUAUAGGUUGUAAUUUUCUUCCCCU